AGCUAACGCGUGAGUAUGGCAACGGAAACCUUUUUGGAUCUGGCUUAUGAGCGUGCCAAAUCGACGAAACGUCCCCUGAGACCGAAGCUGCUUAAGCUAACGGAUGUUGCCACCCCGCACCGGAGUCGCAAGAAAACGAAAGUGAAGUCCAAGGACCGUUCGACAACGGUGCGUGACCGCAUCUAUGAUGAUCCCGCCUACACCGAGGACAUCAGUCACCUGGCCAAUCCCUUGCGACGCAGCAGCAUCUCGGGGAAAUCGUCGUCGCAGCUCACAGGCGCGGAGCCAAUGCCCAGCAGCAGUUCGUUGGGCAAACGCAGUCAGUUGACCAAAGACUUUCUCAAAUAUGCCGUCAAUAAACCGCUCAAAACGAGCAACAACAGCAGCAGCAAUGCAGCUGCAAUUAAUGUGGACUAUGACUUUGAGUCGAGCAGCUCGGACAAUGAGCCUCCGGAGCCGUUGAAGGAGGCGAGCAUUACGCGUCGCGUGCUGAGCCUGGAGCGAAGUUUGGCUGCGGCGUGCGAGAAGAACGAGAAGAAGUCGUUGUCGGCACAGAAACGCAGCUCGAAACAGAAACGCAAUCUGAGUUUGGACAACAGCCGCAAGGCUGCACAAUCGCAACAACAACAAUCCACCGAGUCUUCUGCUCGCAGUCGCAAGGAAUUGUCGCGCAGCAAUCGCAGCAGUAAGCAACAACAACAACAACAACAAUAUCUGGAGGCAACCGAACAGGAUGACGAUAGAUAUUCGUUGCGCAGCUCGGCGCAGAAUUCGGCAGCCACAAUGCCCGUGGAGACGGCAGCCAAGCUGCCAAUUGGUCGGCGAUUUCUGCGUGGCGAAAUUGGUAUCAAAAGCUUUAACUAUUAUCUGUUGAAAGAGGGCUUAAAGAGCUCCAAGAAACUGGACAAACAGCGCAGUGCAGGCGACGCAUCGCAGACAACGGGCAACAAAGGCAGCGGCAGCCACAGCAACAGCAGCAACAAUGUGAAGCAGUUGCAUACGCGCAGCGAGGAGAAUAUUUAUGAGGAGAUAUUCUUUAAGGAGACAGCAGCCAGCAGCAAGCAGGACAACAACAGUCUGUCAGACCAACAACAACAACUAACAGCAGCAGUUGCUGCGGUGCAAUCUGAUGAGGAGCAACAUCACCACCAACAACAACAACAUCAACAGCAGCAGCAAUGCUUAAGCGAUGCCUCUGCUGGUGGCGUCUAUGCGGAUUGUGAGCUGUGCAUGCAGCAAUGCAGCAAAGAGAAUUGCAAGUAUUGUUUGCCCGCAAACGUAGCCCAGCAGCAGCAGCAACAACAACAGCAACAACUGACAGAAAAUGUGCAGCACGUGGAGCAAACGAGCGCCGCAGCAGCAGCAGCAUCAGCAGGUGGUUUGCCUGCUGCGCACAUACUCGAGUUUCAAUCGUACAAUCCCAACAAUCCGGGUGUCUAUAAAAUUGAGACAACACCCGUGGCCAUCACUGGUGAAUACAAUCCGAUAUUGCAAUUCCAGCAAUCGUCGGCGACAACCUCCACCUCGGCCACGACCACGCCCAGCGAGCAGCAGCUGCACCACCAACUACAACAGCAACAUCACCACCAGCAGCAACAACAUCAGCAACAGCAACAACAACAGCAGCAGCAGCAGCUUUACAACAGCUUCUAUCAGCAGCAGGCGCCGCACAAGACUUAUGGUCAGCAUUAUGCGGUGGGAGGCAGCCUGUUGCUAGCGCAGCUGCCACCACGACGACAACAACAACAGCAGCAACAGCAACAUCAUAGCCAACAACAGCAACCGGGUUACAUUGUGAGCUAUCAGAAUGGCUCGGGCAGCGCUUCAGUGCAUCGCCUGAAUACGAAAUCCUCCUCGUCCAGCGAUUCGCUGCCCUAUCACAAAUACAACACAAUGGCUCGCCUUGAGGCGAAUGUUUAUGCUGCUCCCGGCACUGGAGAUCUUUACUAUGCCAUUGGCGCCCAGCCGUUGCAUCCGCUGAUGUAUGCCGCCAGUCGUCCGAUUGGAGGCUCUCAGAUACUCGUGGAUCAAUUCGAAUCUCCGCAGAUGUAUAAAAGCGAUUCACGUGCUUCGAUACUGAGUGAAUUCUCGCUGAGAAGCAGCGACAACUCGCAGCGUUAUACACAUCGCUAUCCGCAUCGCUCGAGUUUGUUUUCGACCCACGGCAAUGCGCAUCAGCGACGCUACUUUGGCAGCACCGAGAGCUGUCGCAUUGGCUAUGAUUGUCGUCGUUGCAGCUUGGAUGGCGGAGUGAUGGCUGCUGCCACUGCGGGCAUGGGCGUGGCCAAUGGCUUGCCUGGGGAGAAGUGCAGCUACUCGGACAAUUGUCGCAACUAUGAGUGUCGCAAUUGCGAUUGCUCUUCGAGCUAUUUUAGCUCUGACUUUGAUGACAUCUAUGGCUCAAUGGCACGUGGCGGCAGCAGCGGAAUUCCACGCAAAACUGCAGCUGGCACUUUGCCAUCGAGUGGACCCGCUGAGCCAGCGGAUUACGAGCAGGCUUCGGCUCCUUUACUACCACAGCCAGCGCCACAAAUGGAUCUGAAGCAGAACAAGUAUGCGAUGGACUUUUUCAAGCAUGUGAACGAUGUGAAGCGCAGCAUUUAUCAAUCGGAGAUGCAGCGCAACAACAGCUUGGAAUCAACGCGUCGCAUCAAUCGCACGGGCAACAGCAACAGCUAUAACAGCAACAGCAACAAUCCCAAGGCAAGUCCCAAGCGUUCGGUGUCGCAGCCACAGGAGUCAACUUUGGUGGUGACAACGCUGCCGCUGAGCAAAGGACGCAGCUCAACGGCAACUGCAACAGCAACAGCCAUAAAGCCAACGCCAGCGCCACGCACAAGUCUGCAGCAGCAGCAACCACAAACGGCAUCUGAAGAUGCCACGCCCACGCCCAGCAAGCGGCAGCCGCAGCCCACCGAGCGGCGAGAGUAUCCAUCGCUAGAUCGUUUGGUGGCUUCCACCACAGGAGCAAUACCCAAGCGUCAAAGUCGCGCCGAAGAUGAACCCAAGAGCAGCAGCAGCAAAAGCAAGUCCAAGCACAAGGAAGAAAGACGUGAACGCAGUGCGCCAGCCACAGCUGCAGCAUCGACAACAACAGCAACCGGAUCAGCAACAGCAGCAACCAACGAGACAGCAACAGCAACUGGCACAGCUGGCAAGCGACAUCAUCGCUCGAACAGUGGCAAAUCGCAUGGCAACUCGAGCAAUCCGUUGCCAAAUCAACGACGCAAGGACAUUCCAGCGCCGCCGCCGCCAUCGCCGGCUACCUACUCGGAUCUGCAGGAGCUGAAGGCCAACAUGGAGGGACUGCAGGACGACACCAAAUCGCAGUCGCGUUCACUCGAAAGCGAGACGAGCGAAACGCCCACAACGACAACGCUGGCUAGCAAGUUGCAGCCGCCUGCACUUCCUGCAACGCUGCGAGAACCAGCAACAGCAACAGCAACAACAGCAGCAGUAGCAACUGCAUUAGCUGCAACGCCGGAAAUGCCAGUCAAGUGCAGUGCAACAAUGGCGCCCAAAAGUGCAACGGAAGCGGAAGACGACGACGUGUUCUACGAUGCGCGCAGCGAGGACUCGGCUGGCGCUCAAAGUGUCGUCUCCACAACAGCAGCAACAGCAACAGUAGCAGCCACAGCAGCAACAGCUACAACUACGACAGCAACAACUGAAGCCAUUAGUCAGCUAAGACAACAGAGCAAGGAUGUGGCACAGUCGCUGUCUCAGUCUCAGUCUCUGUCGCAGUCGCAGUCGCUGCCGAAGAAGCGUGAGCAGUCCGGCAAAUUGACACAAGCGGCAGUAACGACCCUGACAAAGGAUAACAGCGACUCGCAGCUGUCCAAGGACGUUGUGGAAAGCGCAAUGCCAAAUGCUGCAGCAACAGCAGCAGCAACAGCGACAGCAACGGGGAGUCAAAAGCCAACAAAUGAUGAUGAGCGCAGUGAAGCAACAACUGAUGAUGUUGCUGGCAACACGAAAAGUGGCGACACAUGUUGCGCCAGCGAGGCGGGCGAAUGUGAAGCAACAGUCAAAACAAACGACGAACAAGCGAGCAAAACAAAACGCAAUAAUGUGACUGGCAGUGCGGCGGCGUCUGCAAAUGUUGCCGCAACAUGUGCGGAGGGGCAAUCAACCAGUUUGUUGCCAGCAACAAAUGUUGCCAACAUCGCUACCAGCAACAGCAACAACAACAAGUUGGACAACAACAGCAGCCAGUCUGGUAGCAACAACAACAACAACAACAACAGCAAGAGCGCUGGCAACGACAACGACAAAGACUCAACAACCAUUGGAGCAACAUUGGAGCUCGAGUUCAGUUGCAAGUCGGAACACACGGACAGCGCAACGCUGACGAACAGUGAGGGGCCUACACUGACUACAACUACAACAACUACUGUGAGACCAGACUACUCCUGCCUCGACUCGAGUGAGGCACAAUCGGACGAUAGUCAUCUGACACGCGAUUCAGUGACUCGAGAAUCGCAGAACGACGAGCUCUCCUCCUCGACGCUUGAUAAGCUCGAUCUGAGCACUUUGCCGCUGCCCGCGUUGCCACCGAAGCGUCGUCGCACUCGAUCUCGGGCCAGUCCGUCGAAGCAUCGCUUGGAGAACAACAACAGUGGGGAACAUGCUGCCGAUGGUGGCGUGGAUAAAUCAGGCGCAGCUCAAGUGCAGCCACAUCGCAGCAAGUCAAGGCAGCAGCAGCAACAGCAGCAGCGUGAUACGUUGCAGGAUACUGUCAAAGCAGAGCUAUUAAACGACAACCACAUAAAUCAACAGCAGCAGCAACAACAACAACACCAACAGCAGCAACAACAUCUUUCGGCAUUCCAGCAAUACGUUGCCAAGCGACGCGAAAGUCUUGAGGCAUCGACGCGCAACUUCAACGAGAAGCUGGAGGCACGCAGAAUGCUCUACCACAUGGGUGGUAAUGGAGCUGGCAAUGCAACCGGAGCUGGGGCACCGCACUCAACGCCCUCCGAUGUGCCCACCUAUCUGUUCGGUGAGCACUUCUACGGCAUGCCGGGGGCAAUGCGCAAAGCCACCUCGCCGGCGGGCAACAAGGAAGAGAUCUUCUUGAACAAAUCCGGCUGGGUUCAGGUGAGCACUAAACUGAACAAUGAGAACAAGAGUCGCCGCCUCAACUAUGCCCAUCAGAAUGGCGGCGAUUCACGCAGCGCCAUUCGGGCCAUGCAAAUGGAGCAGCUGCGUCGUCAGGAGCUUGGACGUCAAGCGUUUGUCCAUCAGCCCGCCAGCUUGUGCGAACGUGAACCCAAGUUUGUGGGCUCAAAGGUGGAAGAGCUCAUUCAACGCAAUGAGGCACGCUUGAGUGGCAUGUCAUCGCGUGAUCCCGCGUUGCGUCCUGGCUAUCGAAUUCUCGAUCCGCAGCUGGCGAGCAUAUUGAAUGAGCGUCCCGGGUUUUUGCCCGUCAAGAGUCCCAACGAUCUGGAAUCACCGCCACCCAUUACGCCCAUACUGUCGCCUCCGCCCGCUUUCCAGGACAACAGCAGCAACAGCAGUCGACCCCCGAGACAUCCUGAAAGACGUAAGGUCACCCGGCAAUCGCAUACGCUGCUGCAGCAGCCACGGGUGUUGCAACCACCACCGCCACAGCAACAGCCACAGCAUCAUCAUCAGCAGCAGCAACAGAUUCCGCAACAAUUGCCACACAAACCCCAGGGCAUGGUCUUCUCCCGCAGCUUUGAGUACGACACGCGACGUCCGGCGGCCAGCAACAGCUAUGUGGAGACUUUUUCGAGGAGCUUCGAUGGCAAUCUCUCAGAGCGUCCAUCGGUGAUGCCUUCGCUCGCUGUGCAACGCGAACGUUCGCUCAACUUUAGCACGCUGACCGGCAACUCACCGAACUACUUGACCAAACGCGAGGGCAGCGGCACAAUACCUCCAGCAGGUGGCGGAGGAAUAGGAGGCGGAUCAAUUGCUGCUCCAGCUGGCAGCAAUCGUUCGUUGCGCAGUCGCGACAAUUCACCAAAGUAUCUGCAGCCACAGACCACAGCCUAUCUGAAUGCAUCGGUGAAGGAGGCGCCGCCCGCCUACAGCGUCGCGAGUGUCGCCAAUUUGGCCAAGUAUUCGCCACGGUCGCGACACGAUCGCACCUUUGAGCGUUCCAAGAGUCACAAUGUAAUUGGACGUUCGCGGAAAUCGCAAUUCAGUCGCCUGGGCAACAACGGUGGCACAGCUGCUGCCGCGCCGCUGCCCGUUGCCCUCGGCAUGUCGCGCUUCCGCAGCCUCGAUACUACCAUCAACAACCGGCUCAACUCGUGCGACAGCGGUGCGCGUUCAGAUCUUUCCAACGACGAACUGGACAACGAGGACGGCAGCUCCACGGAGUUCCUCUCGGCGACCAACUAUCAAUUCCCAAAUGUGUCCGCAGGCAGCAUAAGCAUUUCACCGUUUAAAACCCAACGUCAACGUUCCCUCACACCCGAUCGCAACGAUUCACAUAGUUCGUCGAGCAGUUUGCGCAAACAACGUUCGCUGACUCCUGAAUCGCGUUCUCUGACGCCGGAGGAGCGACGCAAGAAGGGUUCACAGGUGUCGCUGAUGAGUUCGCGUCAGAAUUCGAGUUCACGGAGUAAUACACUAGAGCGGAGACAGCGUCACGAGGACAAGACACCGCCAACCAUAUCGAGGAGUUCGUCCAGUUCCAGUUACAGUGGCGGCGAAUCCCAUGAACCCUUGAACGGAAGUCCCAGCACAGCGGUGGUCACAGCUUCGGUUCCAACUGGAGGAAAUAGUUAUCGUCGUGCCGUGGGACGUAGUGCAUCCAAGCAACAGCAGCAACAACAGCAGCAGGCGGAGCAAGAGCAUCUGAUUCGACGGUCCAGCAGAUCCCUUCAACUGAGCGAACGUUCGCCGAAUCGCGGCCACAAAUCGGUGGUAUGCGUGGGAGGCGCUUCCCCGCAGCAGCAGCAGCAACAACAACAGUCUGGCGUGCACUAUCAACAGUCGAAUUCUGGCCACUUCAGCAGCUCCAUGCGUGGCAGCAAAAUGCUGCCCAGCUCCAAUGGGCAAUCGACACGCUUGCGGCAAAGCGAUGUGGACAAGGCGUGCUCCUUUGACUUUGACUACAACAACUACAAUCGAGGAGGCGGCGGUGGAAGUAAUGCAGUUGGUGGAGGCAGUGCUGCAACAGCUCGUGGGGCACACACGAGCGGCAGUGGGGGCGACAGCGGCAGCAAUCAAAAUCUGCGUCUAGACUUUGAUAAGAGUCGCUCCUUCGACGAGGAUUAUCGCGAGGCGCUGCUCAACAAUAAUGGUGGAGGUGGAGGACGCUUCUUGCAGCCUGGCAACGAGGCAAGCACUUCUUCCGGUCGUUUGAGGCAAUCGAAUUCCCCGGUUGGUGGCCAUGAGCGGAACACAACACGUUCGCCGCAAUCCUCGGGCUCCUCAUCGAACAAUCUGCAUUUGCCGUCGCGUCGCACGAGCAGCCCCCAAAGCUAUGGCACCCGAUUGUGUGAUCACGAAUUGACUUACGACAUGUUGCGUAAGUCUCCGAUCAUGAAUUUCCGACGUGGGGAUAGUGAUUACGAGUUGCCAGUGCAGCUGCGCAAUCGUGAGACGAUCAACUCGGGUGGCAACAGCGAGCUGAACUUUAUGAGCAACGAGACGCGGAUCUAUGAGCAUCCCACAACGGUCCUGAAACCGCAGCGUUCGAGUUCGCGUGAAGAGCACAUGUACAGGCAGACAGCGCCAUCUCGCGGCAGCAGUCCAAAGAAAUGCCGGGAGAGUCUGAACUCCUGCGACUAUUGGCCACGCUGCGCCUCUUGCAGCAACAACUUGCAACAUUCCGCUUCCUCACCGGCCGUGCAACAAAGUUUGCAGACGCAGCAACACCAGCACGUCUCCACGGUGGCCGUAAAUGUGAAUGUCAUUAAAUUGGACAUGUGUGAGGCAGCAGCCACGACACCACCAACAACAACAACUACAGCCAGCAAAUGCUUGACACCCCAAUGGACUUUAUUGUGUGAUAGCGUGCCCCCAAUGGCAGCAGCUGGUAAGGAUCGUCGUCAGCCAACGGCCGUCAUCAGGCCACGUGUCAUUCCUUUGGCAGCCAGUUCGCUGGUGCUCUUAGGAGAUUGCGAUCUGGCGGAAAUUUCCAACAGCGGGGAAAACAAGACGACAAGCGAGCCAACAAAUCAACAGUGCCAACAGCCGGCGGCAAGUGGCAAUAAACGGGACCUCGCCGCCAUAUUGACAGAGGCAAACAGCAAUGGCGACAACCGGAAGCGGCAACAGCAACGACAACAGCAACAUCAACGACAGCGCAGCCAUUCACUGCCCGAAAGAAGUCCGACAGCAGCAGCAGGAACAACGGCAAGUGAGCAGCUGCUAACGACCCAAACAGUUGUGGGUUUGCCCAAAAGCGGCAAGGAUGACGUCAACGUAAUUGGCAUCAGGUGUAACGGCUUUGGCGAAUGUCUGUCGCAGCAAAUGCGCGCCAUCUCGAGUCCCACGCUGACCGCAACAGCCAAGCCCCAGGAUGAGUUGAAACCAACAACAGCAGCAACACCAGUUGAGGUGGUCAGCAACUCAGCAACGCAUAAUGGAGGCAGCAGCUUGGGCGUCUUGCAGAAAUUCAAACGCACAUUGCACAAUCUGAACAAUCGCAAUCAGCUGCAGAUUACGCCGCUGCCAGGAGCAGGAGCUGGAGCAGCUGUCACCACUGUCGAUGUCAAGACAUCGCCCACAACGCCAACGGUGUCAAUCACACCAGCUGCACCGCAAACUGAGGAUAACAGCAAUACUGCAAACUCUGCCGGCGACAGCAGCUCAGCCAAGUAUCGCUUUGGGCCGCUCAUUUGGCGUUCAUCGAAGGAGCGUCGCAAGACCAAAUUCAAUCGACGCGACAAAUGCAAUUCCGGUGAUUCGGGCAUACAAAUCGAACUCGAACAGGACGAACAAUAUGCCCGUGUCCUCCAACAACCAGGUGCAGUCCAUGCGAGGACUAGCACUCCGAACACAGCGGAGGCAAAGGCACGAACCAUUCGACGCACUCACUCCGCGAAGGCGAGCAGUCUCCUGGAGCAGGUGGCUGGGAAGCCGCCGGUGCACAAGCAACUCGAUUUGGGCAGCGCCUGCAGCAUUGAGCGUGAGGCACCCGAAUCGCUGCCAACGAGAUCGCUCAGCCAACCGAAUGGCCUGGAGACAUAUGGCAUUCGACGGACUGAUGUCGAGGAUAGCGACAGCGAUAGCGUUGCCUCACACGAUGAAGCCAACAGCUACUAUCCCAUUUAUGCGGAAGUGCUGUACAACUUCACCGCGGCUGGACCGCAAGAGUUGGGCCUGGAGCGUGGCACACUCAUCGAGAUAUUACGGAAGGAGGUCGGUCCCUGGUGGUUUGGUCGCAUCAAGAAGGAGGAUGCCAGCCUAGUGGAGGAGAUACUCGAUCCGGAACUGGGCUGGUUCCCCAAGGACUUUGUGCGCAUCAUUCACAGUCCCGAAACCGAUGCGUUCUACAAUCUCCAAAAGCCAACGACGCGUCACGAGGAGGCGGAGGAAGCAACCGAAGCAGUCGAAUGCUGCGAUGUCGUUGUGGAUGACAGUGAAAUGCCAGUUCCAGUUGUGGAUUUGAACAGCAGUAGUGGCAGCAACGAGGAUGAGGCCAACAACACCAUGACCAUGGAUCAGAGCAAUAUAACAACCAUUGUGAUCGAAUCACCGCCCAGCGAUGCGAUGCACGCAUCAACAACAACAACAACAACACCCUCGGCACGCAUCGCUGUCCCGCUCGACAAUUGCGAUGUUCUGCGUCGCAGUGCUGUGAGGGAACUGCUCGAAACUGAGGUCAAUUACGUCAAGCUAUUGGCAGCCAUAUGCGAUGGAUACUUGCCGGCGAUGAGCAAACGCAUCGAUAUAUUCUCACCGAACAGCAUUCGCCUGAUCUUCUCCAACAUCACAGCCAUCUACAAGUUUCAGCGUCGAUUCCUCGAGGCGUUGCGCAAAGGCAUCGAACAGAAUCAGCUGUCCAAGGUCUUUCUCAAGAUGCACAAAGGAUUCCUUUGCUACUCCACGUACUGCAAUGCGUACCCACGUGCACUCAUCGAACUCGAAUCCUACGACCGCAUCAAAGAUGCACGCACCAUCUUAGAGAACUGUCGUGAGUCGCAGAACCUUGCGGAGCUGCCGCUCUCGGCGCAUUUGCUGGCGCCCGUGCAGCGCAUCUGUCGCUAUCCGCUGCACCUCAACGAGAUUAUCAAGUCUGCUUUAAGCAACAACGGCACCAACGAUGAGGUGGAUGGUCAAACUGAGACACUCGACUGCGAGCAGCAUGAUGUGUUCCAACUGGAUGUGCCCGAUACCCACGACAUGGUGAAUCGUGCGCUCGAGAAGAUGCGCGGCAUCACCGAAGCUGUCAACGAAGGCAAACGCCACAGCGAGACAAUAGCUCGGCAUCAGGCUAGUUUUCAGAACUUCAAGGGGCCGCCACUGCAUCUGCAUAGCACACGCUUCUUUCUGCAAGUGGAUGCCACACGCCAGAAGCAGAAUCUGUGGAACACCAGCUGCACGCUGUUUCUGUUCGACAACCAGCUGAUCUACUGCAAGCGGGACAUCAUCAAGCGGAGUCAUUUCAUCUACAAGGGACGCAUCUUCCUCGAUCGCUGUCGUGUGGUGAAUGUGCGCGAUGGCAAAAUGUUUGGACACACCAUCAAGAAUUCGCUGCGCAUCUAUUGCGAGUCUCGAGACAAGUGGUAUGACUUCAGUUUCCGUUCGGCGAAUCGCAAGCAUCGCUUUCUCAAUACGCUCGCCCUGGAGCGUAACUUUGGCGGCAAGGCGUUGUACGUCUCGGAGAUGGCUGGCUGCGAAUACAACUACGAUGAGCGACCCGGGGACUAUUCGGAUCAAUCGGAUUACGAGCUGCCAGACUGUGAGCAAGCCCAUGGCGGAGGCACGUCUGCAAGUGGCGACAGUUCAGUGCCCGAUUCGCCAGCCAAGUCGCCGUAUCGCUCUUGCGAUACGCUGCCAAAGAAAUCGCAAUCCCGCGAUGGCAUUGCGAAUGCCAAUUCGAAUAGUUCGAAUGGCUCCCAAAUGCUGUCGACCACAUCGACCGGUUCACUCGGACGUCGUCGCAUUGGCAAUUGGUUCCGCAAGCCAAAGAGCACCAAUUGCACACCGAGUCAGUCGCCCACGCACAAGCCGGGCUUCGAUGCCGAUGUCACGCUGACGGCAGCACGUGUGGCAGCCAUCGAAAUGGUGGAAGCCGCUGCCGCACAGCAGCAACAACAACAGCAGCAAGAGGUGGACUCAUCAUUUGCUUAGUCACAUAAAUACUACACACAUACUAUUUAUACAUAAUUAUUAUUUGAAGGCAACAAGAAAAAUGCAAAAAUAGAAAUCGCAAUCACAAUUGCAAUUGCAAUAAUCAUACAACCAAUAUACGAGUACGAUACGUAGAAAGUCGUCGUAGUGGGGGGGCGGGGGCGGGGGCGGGGCAUGAGAGCACGGCAAGAAUUGCAACAAAAAAAGCGUGCACGAUAUAAGUAUAUAAAAAGAUAUUUGUUAUUAUUAUAAAUUACAUAAUAUUUAAACUGCAUUUACUAAUAGAGAGCGAAUACAGGUACGGCAACUACUAUUCGUAUCAUUUAAGUUAAGUUUACUCUGAUAUUUACUAUUUCCAUUCAUUUUUUGUUAUGGUGUUUCCAACUAUUUGUUUCUUCUGAUAUCAUUAACCAAAAUCCGACAAGUCUGUUAUCUGUAUAUAAUUAAUUUUGAUUCUUGUCAUAAGCUUAAAAUAAAUAUGUUUUGUUUCUAAUCGUUUAUAAAGUCGUUUUUCUUUUCGUUUUUUUUUCUGUUUUCUGAUAAUUUAUCAUUAUUUCUUUUUUUUGCACCUGUUAUUCUUUUGGCGCCUUCAGAGCUCCAAGCAAUGGAAUUAAACACCUGGUAAAAAAAAAAAAAAAAUGCGGAAGUCCAAAACUUAGCUGGAAAUUAAUGAAAUGAAAUUAGACAUUUUAUAGCAUAUACAAAAGAACAUACAUACAUAUUCAUAGGCAUUAAUAAUAUGCGUUAUAUAGCCAUAAUUUAAAAUAAAAUGUAGUUUCAAUGAGUUACAAAACAUAGAGAAAAAUAUUAAGCGAGCAUUAUUCAAUUAAAUUGUUCCUUGUGAAUUUGGUCAAAAAAAAGAAAA